ACUGCCCCAUUGGUCUUCUCGCCAUCCAUCCAUCCAUCCCUGUCUCCCCCCUCCCUCUUAACUGCAAGCAAGCAAUGGGGGCUCCCAAAUGGGUGGUUGCGCCAUUGGCGCUGCUGCUCCUCCUGCAGCUCGCCGGCGCGUCCCAUGACGUCCGACGGAGCCUUGAGGCCGAGGCGGCGACGCCGUCCGUGCCGGCCUCCAUUCUUAGCCCCCUGCUCCGGACGGGCUACCACUUCCAACCCCCCAUGAACUGGAUCAACGAUCCGAAUGGUCCGCUCUACUACAAGGGAUGGUACCACCUGUUCUACCAGUACAACCCCAAGGGCGCGGUGUGGGGCAACAUCAUCUGGGCGCACUCGGUGUCGCGCGACCUCAUCAACUGGAUGGCCCUCGACCCCGCCAUCAAGCCCAGCAUUCCGACCGACCAGUACGGCGUCUGGUCCGGCUCGGCGACGAUCCUGCCCAACGGCACGGUGGCGAUGCUCUACACCGGCAUCGACCGCCCGGGCACCAACUACCAGAUCCAGAACAUCGCCUUCCCCAAGGACCCCUCCGACCCGCUGCUCCGCGAGUGGGUCAAGCCCGGCUACAACCCCAUCGCCGUCCCCGAGGCCGGCAUCAACGCCACGCAGUUCCGCGACCCGACCACCGCCUGGCACGCCGGCGAUGGCCUCUGGCGCAUGCUCGUGGGCGGGCUCAAGCCCGGCACGCUCCGCGGCAUGGCCAUCCUGUACCGGAGCAGGGACUUCAAGCACUGGGUCCGCGCCAAGCACCCGCUCCACUCGGCCCUCACCGGCAUGUGGGAGUGCCCCGACUUCUUCCCCGUGCGCGAGCCCGGGAAGACGGACGGCCUCGACACCUCCGAGUUCGGCCCGCGCUACAAGUACGUGCUCAAGAACAGCCUCGACCUCACCCGCUACGACUACUACACCGUGGGCACCUACAACAACCGCACGGAGCGGUACGUGCCCGACAACCCCACCGGCGACGUCUACCAGCGGCUCCAGUACGACUACGGCAACUUCUACGCGUCCAAGACCUUCUACGACCCGGCCAAGAACCGCCGCGUGCUGCUGGGCUGGGCCAACGAGUCCGACAGCGUCGCGCACGACAACGCCAAGGGAUGGGCCGGCAUCCACGCGAUCCCGAGGAAGAUAUGGCUGGACCCCAGCGGCAAGCAGCUGCUGCAGUGGCCCGUGGAGGAGCUGGACCAGCUGAGGGGCAAGGCUGUCAGCGUGGGUGACAAGCUCGUCAAGCCCGGCCAGCACUUUGAGGUCACUGGCCUGCAGUCCUACCAGUCUGACGUGGAGGUGAGCUUCGAGGUGUCGAGCCUGGACAAGGCGGAGCCGUUCGAUCCGGCCUACGCCAACGACGCGCAGAAGCUCUGCGGGAUGAAGAACGCCGACGUCAAGGGCGGGGUGGGGCCCUUCGGCCUCUGGGUCCUGGCCUCUGACAACCUGGCCGAGAAGACCGCCGUGUUCUUCAGAGUCUUCAAGGAUGGGCAUGGCAAGCCUCUCGUCCUCAUGUGCAGUGACCCCACCAAGUCAUCUCUCACCCCGGGUCUAUACAAGCCGACUUUUGCCGGGUUUGUCGACACCGACAUUUCGUCCGGGAAGAUCUCUCUGAGAAGCUUGAUCGACCGAUCGGUGGUUGAGAGCUUCGGCGCCGGAGGGAAGACCUGCAUCCUAUCGAGAGUGUACCCAUCCAUGGCGAUCGGGAAAGACGCACACCUUUAUGUGUUCAACAACGGGGUGACCGAUAUCAAGGUGUCCAAACUAACGGCGUGGGAGAUGAAAAAACCAAUGAUGAAUGGUGCCUAAGUAGUAUAUACCGUAUAUGUUUUCUCAUGAGUUUAAGUUUUUGUUGAAUGCCAUUCGACAUCGAUGCACACCACGCAACUGAUUGCUCGUCUUAAUGAAGACCUCUUUGAGUAGAAGUGGUUAGAGAAAUUUGUUGUACAAUUGAUAAUUUCUGUCACGUGUUGUACGAAUAAACAUGAUGAUCCCACGCUGAAGACAAUAAAGACCUUAAUGAAUUUCUUCUUUCCA